AGUAUAUUUUGAGUCGUAUUUUACAGGCUUUGACCAAAUUUUAGUUCGAUUCAGAUAAUGGUCUCUAUAGUUUCUGAAAGGACAAACCUUUGUCUGGAUGGUAAAAAACUUCAACCGUUAACGGAAAAUACGAGAAGAGAACCAAAAUUGCAAACGAGAAGAUCAGAUUGAACCGAACAUCCUCGAGUCGGGGUGGGUCGACGGCUGUUCCUUUCGUCCGUGUCUGUUCGAGUCGGUAGCUGCGUGAGACUGGGAGAGUGACUGACUGAACAGCGAAUGCACAAACAUGAUGUCCGCUGCUUUGCACCCCCAUCUUCCUCGGUCUCUGAUAAAAUCAAAAUCCAUCACCCACAACCAAAAAGCUGCCUCCCCAGCUGAUAAAAUCGAGUUCAGGACCAACCCUUCUUUCUUGAUUCGUGGAGCGAACGCCCAUCAUCCUCAGAUACCGAAGCAACGAGACGAGUACUGUGUUUCUUUGCCCUCAAGUUCGAACCUUUGCGUCAAAUGCUCUCUCAAUGAGGGAGCUGCAGGUGAAAAUCCCUCGGACGGAGAUCAUCCAUCGCUAAGCCAGCAGAGCACAGGGUUUUGGAGCAAAUGGACGGUAAUCGUCUCUUUUCUAAGUACUCUCAUUGAUUCCGUCUGUUUUCCAUGUCGAGUUGAUGGGAAACUUUUAGGUGGGCCUUUAUGCAUUGUUGUAGAAUUCAGUUUUGAGAAAGUUCUUCGGCGAAAGGGAAGUCGGAAUACUUGAUAGAAUUCUUAGAAAUGCUCACUCAGCUGAAAUGAGCUCCAAAUUGGCAAAGCUUGGGCUUGUGGCAGUACUUGCUUAUGGAUUGUUCGACGGUGUUACAUACACCACAUUUUUCAUUCUUGCAUUUGUUGGCUAUGAGAAGAGCAUGGGGAAGAAUCCUGCAGCCAAUCUUCAGGCGCUACUAGGGAUUUAACACCUUUAAAGCAAAAGGUCUAUAUGAAGGUCGUGUCUUGUCAGACAUCUGUGUAAUUGGCGUUGAUUAUUCAUUUCUGAGCCUGAAGUUUGAGGACUUGGACUCAUAGUCCCUGAGCAUGUAUGGCAAUGGGAAGAAGCUGAUUUUGUUCUUCGUCGACUUAAGGCGUCCUCCGACCAAAAAAACUUAAGAUUGUCAUAUUGAUGUGGACCGGGAACAACGUGAUGAGGCCAUUUCGCAUCGCUGGGCCAGCCGCGCUGGCACCUGUAAUUGACAAAGGACUGAAAAGAAUCCAGAACUAUUUCAAUUUCCCUAACCCCGUGUACGCCUUUGCACUGGCUGUGUCGAUAGUGGCUUCGACAUGUUUGACUAUAGCAGGCUUGCUCAUCCUAUCGAGAUGGGGAAAUGUACGGACAAGAACCAUACAGGACAGUGGAUGUUUCAAAUAGAACUCCUAGACGCCAAAACAAAGACCCCCUCUCUCUCUCUCUCUCUCUCUCUCUCUCUCGCCACGAAAAAAAUUCGAUCUUUACUGGAGAGGCUCGACCAACGGAACGCAUGUUUCGGAGUCGAAGAAGCUCCGGUGAAUGAAAAGUCACUUCCUUUCUGCUCCAAGAAUCGCGUUCCAAUCCCAGUUCAACAAUCACGCCACAAUGAAGAACAACAAACCAUCGCAGCCCAAGAAGAAGAGUGCCCGCAUGAAAGUGAAUGCGAGCGACAAUGACAGUCCCGGGAAGAAGAGACCGCGAAGAGAGAGGAACCCGCCGAAGGCAUUGACACUUGGACAAGAAUCGGAAGCACCGGACAUCGAAGACUUCUCGUUCACUAGAGAAGAGGUGAGUGGUGUCAGAGCUUCGCUCUUGGAGUGGUACGACCUCAACGGGAGGGACCUUCCAUGGAGGACGAGGGGUAGCGAGGGCAAUACUGGGAAUGCACAAGAAGAUAAAGAUGAAGAAGAAGAUAGGAGGGCUUAUGGGGUGUGGGUGUCUGAGGUGAUGCUGCAACAGACGAGGGUUCAGACUGUCAUCGACUACUACAACCGGUGGAUGCUCAAGUGGCCUUCUCUUCACCAUCUCGCCUCUGCUUCUCUAGAGGAGGUGAAUGAGAUGUGGGCUGGUCUGGGCUAUUAUAGGCGGGCACGUUUCCUCUUAGAGGGGGCACAGAUGAUUGUUGCUGGUGGAGAAGGAUUUCCCAGGACUGUCGGUGCACUCCGAAAGAUUCCUGGAAUCGGUGAUUAUACAGCAGGUGCAAUUGCCUCGAUAGCGUUUAAUGAGGUGGUGCCGGUGGUUGAUGGGAAUGUAGUUAGAGUGCUUGCUAGGUUGAAGGCUAUCUCUGCAAAUCCAAAAGACUCAGCUACUGUAAAAAGCUUUUGGAAAUUAGCCGCUCAACUAGUUGAUCCAGAUCGACCUGGGGAUUUUAACCAGUCCCUCAUGGAACUUGGUGCAACUGCUUGCACUCCAUUGAAUCCAAGCUGUUUUUCUUGCCCUAUCUCCAUCCAAUGUCAGGCACUGUCAAUUUCCAGAAAGGAUGAAUCUGUAACGGUCACAGAUUAUCCUUCUAAAGGAGUCAAGACAAAACAAAGAGAGGAAUUUUCUGCGGUUUGCGUUGUGCAGAUAUUAAGAGGUGAAGAUGCAUUCGCCAGUGACAGUUCUGAAAGUGGAUACCUUCUCGUGAAAAGGCCAGAUGAGGGUUUGCUUGCUGGUCUCUGGGAGUUCCCAUCGGUAAUGCUGAAGGAUGAAGCUGACUCAGAUGCAAGAAGGGAAGCAAUUGAUCAUUUUCUGGAACAAUCUUUUGGACUUAACUCCACAAUAUGCAUCCCGAUUACAAGGGAAGAUGUUGGAGAUUUUGUCCAUAUUUUUUCACAUAUUCGUCUCAGGAUAUUUGUGGAGUUGUUGGUGUUACGUCUCAAAGAUGAGACGAGUUUCUUUAGGAAGCACGGCAAGAAAACAUUGACAUGGAAAUAUGUGGACAGCGAGGCUCUUUCUAGCUUGGGAUUGACGUCUGGAGUCAGGAAGGUGUAUGCUGCGGUUGAGAAGUUCAAGAAAAACAGUUUGCCCAAAUGUUCCCAACCAAGGAGGAGAAGCAGAUUAAAGCAAUAAGAUUGCCUCAAUCAAGACUCUCGCUACGAAUUACUUGAUGUCUUUGCUCCGUCAGAGUUUAAACGGGGCGUUUCAAUUUAUUGGAGGCUGAAGGGACCUCUCUAGAUGCGACUUUCCCCGUUAGGGCCAGAUCUUAAUCAUUUAUAUGUUGGAUUAUCUGCACGAUUCAUUGUGGAAUUCAUCCAUCCCUACUGCGAAGGAAUGGUUUAUGUUCCACCCCGCUAUCAAUCUCCUCAUUCUAUUCGUCUUUUGCAUCUUGUCUUGGCACAUCUCUGAAAUCUCCACCGUUUCUUUUUUUAGAACAAAAUGAGACUCUCAGGUCACAAACUCACGAUCAAUCGGAUCAUAUAGCUGACCUUUCGCAUCUGUGGAUACCAUAUUUGCAUUUCAAGAACAGAGUUGGAAUUCUUACUUUACUAUACAUGUAUGAGAUUAAUGCUGACAUAUUAUGAAUGCUUGGCGGUAAUUUG